AUGCUGCGAGCAGCGGUGCUACUUGCACUGUGGAGCUGUGCUUCCGUACAGGCGGUCGGCUUCGCUCCAGAACUAUACUGCGGCCUGGAGAACUGCUACGACGGUACCUUUUCUUCCAAUGACUGAACCGAAUUGUGUUUGCAGUUCUUGGAAUCGAUCGAGAGCUCUUCGAUAGGUCCAACUUGUCCAAGUCCUACCGCGCGCUCGCCAAGAAAAACCAUCCAGAUCGAUUCAAAAACUUGGUAAGUUAACUUUUUUUGGUCAAGACUAAGUCGACUGAUUAACUCGCGAUAACUUUUUUUUCAGGACUUGAAAGCUGAAGCGGAAGCGCGUUUCCGUGUCAUCGCGACUGCUUAUGAAACUUUGAAAGAUGAGGAAUCCAAAAUUAGCUACGAUUACUACUUGGACCACCCUGAAGAAAGGUCUUUCAAUAUAAAGCAAAAAUAGAUUGACGGUUCUACAGGUUCUACAACUACUAUCAAUACUACCGGCUUCGAGUAGCGCCCAAAGUCGAUGUACGCAUCGUUAUUCUCGGCACUCUCAUAGUCAUUUCUCUGUUUCAAGUUAGUUUGCUCUACUAAAACCAUCUUUUGCCUUUUUUUUCAGUACCUAAGUGCGAGACACAAGUAUUCUGAAGCCAUAUUCUACGCAUCAACAGUAGGAAAGUUUCGCAACAACGCAAUUACGAUGGCAGUUGAAAAAGGGGUUUUUCGACACUUUGCAGAAUAUUUUUUCAACGACCUUAAUCUCAGCUGCUCGAAUUGGACAAUAAGGGAAAACUGAAGAAAGUGAAAGGAAGAGACAACGAAGCAGUGAUCAAGCAAGUGAUCACGGACAAUUUGGAUGUGACGUCAGUGAAGUGUUUUCCUGAAUUCCUCCUAAUUAUAAGAAUGCAGUGGAGGUUACAAAAAGGCGUCCGUUUAUGACACACUUCUUUGGCAUUGUAUAAUUUUCCCCUACACUCUGUUCAACUACAUCGUCUGGUACGCCACGUGGGUUUGGCGUUUCGAUAUUCGUAAGGAAGAAUACGACGAAGACGCCAAACUUCAUCUCAUUCGUAAAAACUUGAAGCUAAGUGAGAACGAGUUCAAGGUCGGAAAAGUCAAAUAUUUGAUCUAAAUUUGAUUUAUCUAUUCAGCGCUAUACGGACGAUGUCCUUGACGAAAUGUUUGAGCGAGAAAUUUGGAUCGCAGAUAAUUUCAAUACGUGGAAAGCGGAGAAAGAAGCAGAAAUGCAAGAAAAAUUGGCGCAAAGUGGCAGGUUAACUUUUUAAGUUCCUUUUUUGAAUCGCCGCUUUCUACAGGUUUUUUCUUUGUUGCAGUUAUAAUAAUUUAUUGACAUAUUCGACCCUAUAACUAUACUUUAGCCAUACACUAAUUAUGAAAAAUGCAUUUUCGUUUUCAAUAAAGAAAUUUUUCAUUUUCAAUAAAGAAAUUUUUUUCAGAUAUAAACGCUACAAACGCUACAUGAAGAAUGCAGGAACGAUUUCUUUCGUCGACGAAGAUUAA